AACGCUUUCCUAUGCCAUGAGCCUGGCAUGGACGAACUACUGUACCAGACGCGGUCCUCGAGGCCGACCGUGCUGUGGCGCCCCGGAGGAGGCCGGCGAAUUGACCUCGGCCUGGACUCCUACCGGCCGUUUCACCGCAUCGUCAGGACUGUGCACCUGCAGGACGCCGUCCACAUCUGCGAGGCCCACGCGAUGAGCCCGAGGCCGGUCACCAGCCUGAACUCCCUCAGCAGGAGGAGCCUCAGACGGGGCCACCCUCUUCGCGGCCUCCAAGUCCUCUGGUUCGGCACGCGACGCGAGGAACGCGACGCCAACGAGGCUCAUGACUGGUACGGGAACGUGGAGUUCUCUCUCGCCGCGGACGUUCUCCUCGCACACUGGGGCUUCGCCUACCUGGUGGAGCUCAUGACGUCGCCCACGCAGACGGUGACGCGGCUGCUCAUCUCCAACAGAGACUACACACGCUUCCUGCCGGAGUACGACCCGUACUGCGUGGGCGGCGGGUGGUACAUCAGCCCCGAGGGAGAGCACCUGGAACUCGCGAACUGCUCUCGCUUCAACGGCGAGGACCCGCGACUCAACAGGCACGGCCACACGCUCGAAUUCAUGAUCGAGGUCACGCCGUGGCACCAGGGAAAUCUCCUCCUCUCUGAGUGCCAGAUCUCCUUCAGGAAUCAUGAAGAUGCGAGACUCAUGCACAGGAAACACGUCUGCCACAGAUUUCAGCAGCAGAAUCUUCUCUGUCCAACUCCCUGGAGCACGAAAGGGACUUCCAGGAUAUUCUUCGAGUUGCACCAUCGCCUCUCUCAGAGCCGACCCAUGGCCACUCCCCCGCUGUCGCCUCAGGCCGAGCUUCACCUCCAGCGCUUCUCGCGAGAACACGAGCUGGCGUUGGCCCCGCUUCCUCCUCCUCCUCCCCCCAUCUAUGUGCCCAUCCCUUGCGUUUUCUCUGGAGGAGUCCCAUUUCCGCUGAUUAACUUCAGAGCCUACGACAGACUCCUGAGAGAGAUAAUCAGCGAUCAGCCCUGGGUCCAGCCAUUUCCCUCAGCAGAAUCCAGUGAAGCCGAAGACAACAGCGGGGUUGUGUCUCUCCAGAGGCCAGGCUUUCAAGUGGAUCCCUCUCCUGGAUUAUUUUUUUACCAGCAGCACAUGAUCGGCGGCGUGUCCCUCCCGAGCAACGGACAAGCUCCUCCAGGCUUUCUCAUGGCCUUGUACAGGGCUUCCCUCGAAGUGAGGCUGCAGCUGCCGGGUUACAGUGCUGCCGCGGAGGUUUCCGGAUUUCCUGCCAGCCCUAGAAAUCUAUAGGUUGGGAAUGGACAGCUCGGGAAAUUAUCCAAAUUGAUGAGAGAAAGAAAAUAGAAGAAAGAUAGAGAGAGGGGGAGAGGUAGGGAGAGAGUUUAGAUGAAAAUAAAGAUAUGAUUUAUGAAAACCGAUUCACAUAAUCAGGACAUUACCUAUAUAGAUACUCUGGUAGAAAGGUAGAUUAAGAAUAAAGCCUUUGCAGUUCGAGAUAUGUAACUGACAUUCCGAUGAUAAUCAUAUAUCUUUGUCAAAAUGAACUGCACCAUAUCCUCUAUCUGACAUGACUGACUUUGAAAUUUGAUUAUCGGCUAUUAAAAACCCUAGUAUGCUAAUUUAUAUUGAUUUACGGAUAUCGCCAGAUUUAUAAAUGAUUAAAAUGAUUAAAUCCAUCCUAGCUUUCGUUGAUUCUAAGCCUCUCUGCAUCAUAAAAAGUAACAAGCAU